AUGGAGGGACGAAGAUACCAAGAUGAACGAUCUACGGGAAUGAAUAGGCCAAGAGGCCCAAGAGGUCCACGGGGUCCACGGGGUCCUAAAAGGGGACCUGAUAUGGAUUCUGACAGGCCGGAGAGUGAUCAUAGGGGUGCUGGUUCUAGCAGGGGGUCUGGCAGAAGAUAUGAAAGAGAGAAUCAAAGAACUUCGGGCAGAGAUUCUCGAAGAAAUGGGGAUCGUGAUUCAUCAACUCGUAGUAGAUAUCAUGAAAGAUCUAUGCAUUUCGAUGAAGAUCGAGAUUCACGCUACUAUGAAAAUAAAGGUGCCAGGUCGUAUGAUGACGAAAGAUAUUAUGAAUCGAAUAGAUCGAACGCGGAGUUUCAAGAAGGAGGCCAAACUGAUAAGAGCAGAAACAGAAAUAGAAAAAAGAGACCUAGAGAACGAGAUUCUCGAGAUAGAGGGGAAGAUGAAUCAUUGGCUGGACCAAGAAAGUUACCUACUGGCCCCAAGGCGAUGUCUGGGAAACGAACUAUGAAUGAGGUGAAUUUGGGACGGUCAAAUGGUCCUCCAUUCAAGAGGAUGGCCAAAGGGGUGAUGAACAGAAGUGCUAUGAGAGAUGCAGAUGAUGUGGAGGAUGAAGAAGAGUUUUUACAGCAUUCACAAAGGCCAAUGGAUCUCGGUGAUGCUGGCAAAGGGAUUUUCUUUAUGCAGAAGUCUAACAUUAGCGGUCCUGUAUAUGAGAGAAUACAGCAGGUUGGAGAAGGAACGUAUGGAAAGGUGUACAAGGCUCGGAACAAGAUAACGGGAGCGCUAGUGGCAUUGAAACGGUUGCGACUAGAAACAGAAAGAGAAGGUUUCCCUAUCACAGCCAACAGGGAGAUAGGGUUACUUCAAUCUUUUGAUCAUCGAAACAUAGUAGGAUUGUCGGAAAUGAUGGUGGAAAGGAAUCAAGUAUUCAUGGUUUUCCCAUAUAUGAGUCACGAUCUGUCGGGAAUCUUACAGCAGCAUGAGAUUAAGAUCAGUGAUGGCGAGAAAAAAAACAUAUUCAGACAGUUGUUAGAAGGGAUGAACUAUUUACAUCGCAAAAGAGUGAUACACAGAGACGUUAAGGGUUCAAAUAUCCUCAUUAGUAAUGAUGGAGUGUUGAAGAUCACCGAUUUUGGUUUGGCCAGGGCUAUGAAAAACAUAAAUACAGAGGUGGAAUCGCCAAAUUACACCAAUAGAGUGAUUACAUUGUGGUAUAGGCCUCCGGAGAUUUUGCUAGGCUCAACGGACUACGGACGAGAAAUCGAUAUUUGGGGAAUUGGGUGCUUGUUAUUAGAACUAUUUACAAGGCACGCUGUCUUUCAGGGAACUAACGAGGUGGAUCAGUUGUGGAAAGUGUAUGAUAUUAUGGGGACGAUUAAAACAUCUGAGUGGGCAGAUGCGGAUCAGCUUCCCUGGUUUGAAAUGCUGAGGCCUAACUUUCAUACAGUUUCGAAAUUUAAGGACAAGUUUGGCAAAUUGUUGAGCCCGGAGUGUUUCAACCUAGCAGAGUUAUUGUUGAAGAUGAAUCCUUCUCAGAGAAUUACCGCCGAAGAGGCCCUAAAGCAUUCGUAUUUCCGAGAGGAUCCCAAGGAAUGUGGUCUAGAGUUUUUGAAGCACAUAAACGGUGAGUGGCAUGAAUUCGAGGCCAAGAAAAAGAGAAAAGAGAUAAGAGAUGCCACCAAGCUUAAAAAGCAACAGCAGCAUCAACCUAAUGACACCCUGGACCGUGAACACGACCACGAACAAGCAGUGGUUGAACCAUUGUAA